UACCGUUUCUCGCAUAAUUUUGUCGGGAAGCACGUUAAAAAUGCCAAGCGCCUCGUUCACAUCAUCGCGCAAUUACGUGCGGAGAUCCCGGAGAAAAGGCGCGAACAGGAUUCCUCUGCCUUCGAGAACCACCUCGGCCGAGCCAUGCGACUUGCCAUGUUCAGCAUCAAAUCAGAUACCUCCUGGUGGCGGAGUAGGUGGUGGAGGAGGAGGAGGAGGAGGUGGAGGUGGGGGUGGAAGCGGUGGAAGAGGAUCUUCCCCAAGUGUCUCUGGUGUUGCAGCACCAUCACCUUCCCCAUCACAUUCACAUUCUUCUCCAUAUGACUUAAGGCGUAAAAGUCCACCUCACCCAGAUCCUGCUCCUGGUACUAGCUCUGCUUUACCUCCGUCGGGUGGUAGUAGUAUCGGUGCCACUCUUGGUUCUUCCUCCCUACCAGCAAGAAAACGACCUAGGCGGACGUGUUCGUUAUCCACGGAUGGUACAAACACAAACACAGCAGCGCAUUACCUCCAGUAUGAGUUACCAGACGAAGUGCUGCUUACUAUAUUUAAUUAUCUAAUGGAGCAAGAUCUAUGCCGUGUCUCGCAAGUUUGCAGACGUUUCCAAGCGAUUGCAAACGACACCGAACUAUGGAAGUCCUUGUACCAGCAAGUUUACGAAUACGACUUACCACUAUUUAAUCCUGCACCUUGUAAAUUUGAAUUCGUAUCCCCGGAUGAGUCAGACUAUGCAAAUCCAUGGAAAGAGAGCUUUAGACAAUUAUACAGAGGGGUGCACGUUAGGCCAGGAUUUCAGGAUUUGAAGUUCAAAGGACGACAUUUGCCAUACUUUAAUACUGUUCAGGGAGCAUUAGAUUACGUAGAUGAAUAUAGAAGCAAUAGUGGUUCCUCGUCAAAUAAUAGCACAACCACGAGCGGUCAAGGGAAUUGUUGCGGAAGUAAUUCUCAGUCAGCGGAAGAGGCGCCACAACAUUUAGUUUUCUUACACGCUGGAAUCUAUAGAGGCGAAUUUCUCGUGAUCGACAGCGACGUUGCAUUGAUCGGUGCAGCACCUGGAAACGUAGCGGAGUCUGUUAUAUUGGAACGAGAAAGUGAAUCUACAGUUAUGUUUGUAGAAGGAGCAAAACGAGCUUACGCCGGUCAUCUCACGUUAAAGUUUACGCCAGAUGUUACUAGUACAGUGCCGCACCAUAAACAUUAUUGUUUAGAAGUUGGUGAAAACUGCAGUCCCACAGUGGAUCAUUGUAUUAUUAGGAGUUCAAGCGUUGUUGGAGCAGCUGUUUGCGUGUCGGGCGUUGGAGCCAAUCCUGUGGUAAAGAAUUGUGACAUAUCGGAUUGCGAAAACGUUGGACUUUAUGUCACCGACUAUGCCCAAGGAACUUACGAAGACAAUGAGAUCUCUAGAAACGCGUUAGCUGGAAUUUGGGUGAAGAAUUACGCUAAUCCCAUAAUGCGGAGGAAUCAUAUUCACCACGGAAGGGAUGUUGGAAUAUUCACGUUCGAUAACGGUCUCGGAUAUUUCGAAGCUAACGAUAUUCACAAUAAUCGAAUAGCGGGUUUCGAAGUAAAGGCUGGUGCUAAUCCAACGGUUGUACAUUGUGAGAUACACCAUGGACAAACAGGCGGAAUAUAUGUCCAUGAAAACGGUUUAGGUCAAUUUAUUGACAACAAAAUUCACUCGAACAAUUUCGCCGGCGUUUGGAUCACCUCCAAUUCGAAUCCGACGAUUCGUAGAAAUGAAAUUUACAAUGGUCACCAGGGAGGAGUAUAUAUAUUUGGAGAGGGAAGAGGCUUGAUAGAACAUAACAAUAUUUACGGUAACGCCUUAGCCGGCAUACAGAUCAGAACUAAUUCGGAUCCCAUAGUUAGACAUAACAAAAUACAUCACGGUCAACACGGUGGUAUAUAUGUACACGAGAAAGGUCAGGGUUUAAUCGAGGAGAACGAAGUAUAUGCCAACACUUUAGCAGGUGUCUGGAUAACCACGGGAUCGACACCGGUUUUAAGAAGGAAUCGUAUUCAUAGCGGUAAACAAGUCGGAGUUUAUUUUUAUGACAAUGGACACGGCAAACUAGAAGACAAUGAUAUUUUCAAUCAUUUGUAUUCGGGAGUACAAAUAAGGACUGGAAGCAAUCCAGUGAUACGUGGAAAUAAAAUAUGGGGUGGACAAAACGGUGGCGUUCUUGUGUAUAAUAGCGGAUUAGGUUUACUCGAACAAAAUGAGAUUUUUGAUAACGCGAUGGCAGGAGUUUGGAUUAAAACGGAUAGUAACCCUACAUUAAAAAGAAACAAAAUCUUUGACGGGCGAGACGGUGGAAUUUGUAUAUUUAACGGUGGUAAAGGUGUUCUCGAGGAAAACGACAUAUUUCGUAACGCUCAAGCGGGAGUGCUUAUUUCUACGCAGUCUCAUCCAGUCUUGAGGAGGAAUCGAAUUUUCGAUGGUUUAGCAGCUGGCGUUGAAAUAACAAAUAACGCGACUGCUACGCUAGAAUUUAAUCAAAUAUUCAAUAAUAGAUUUGGUGGUCUAUGCUUAGCGAGCGGAGUUCAACCAACGACUAGAGGCAAUAAAAUAUUUAAUAAUCAAGAUGCAGUCGAGAAAGCGGUUGGAAACGGCCAAUGUUUAUACAAAAUUUCGUCGUACACCUCGUUCCCUAUGCAUGAUUUCUAUCGGUGCCAGACAUGCAAUACUACAGAUCGUAACGCAAUUUGUGUUAACUGUAUAAAAACCUGUCAUGCUGGACACGAUGUAGAAUUCAUCAGACAUGACCGAUUCUUUUGUGACUGUGGUGCUGGAACAUUAAAUAAUCAGUGUCAACUUCAAGGUGAACCUACGCAAGAUACAGACACGUUGUAUGAUAGUGCAGCACCGAUGGAGUCGCAUACACUUAUGGUCAACUAGGAACUAACCUAAACUAAAUAAUACAAUCAAACGUCACUGAAACAGCCUGUAAGUCCAACACAUUGCAAACAAAACUUUGUUGCUGAGUUCUUUAUUACGACACUUGUUCCUUCGCGUCCCCGUUGUGAUUGUUAUUUUUUUAAAGCUAUCGUUAUUGUUAACAUAUUCCAAUUAACGGCAAUUUCAUCAUCAUUAUUAUCAUCAUUAUCGUUAUCGUCAUAUAACCGUUCAUCUCAUUUUCAUCAUCAUCGUCAUCGUGGUGCUCAAACUUAUCACGAUCAUAUUUGUCAUUGCGAGAACACGUCCAUGACUUUGUAAGCGUCGAAUCGUGUCAUCGACAUCGUUGUCAUCAUAAUCAUCUAUCAUCAUUCAUCGUCGUCGUCGACGUCGUCGUCAUUACCGUCACCAUCAAGAGAUAGUAUAUUUUAUAUUAAUAAAUUAGUACUCUAUAUUGACGUUUAAUUUAGUACAUACGGAUAUUCGUUAUUGACGUUCGUGUUUGUCCAGAUAUCGAGAAUCGAUAAACGAAGAUCCAGAUAUAUCUGACGUAACGCAAGUAUUAUCGGGAAGAAGGAAAAUUGUUAGGAAACUGUUUUUCUUGAUUAAAAUCUCAUCGUUAAAAGCGGUUUCGCCAAGGUCAAGGCUCAAAUUCGCCCGUGAUUAUCUAAUAAAGAACUCUGCAACGAAAAAAUAAGCUUCGACGAACACAAUUUAAACAAGUGACAAAGUGGAUUUCUGAUAUAAACGAAACCUAAUAAUUAAAUAAACGUUAAAUUUAUUUAAACGUGUAAUAAAAGAAAGCCACGCGUAAUCGUUAAUCGAUCGAAAAAGAACACAUAAUAAACUCCCCGCGUGGAAUUCGUUUCAUUAAGUUUCCUUAAUUUUUAAGUUCAUACGUAAAGCGAAAAAAAAUGAAAAACAAGUGCAGUGAAUCUGUGUAAAAAAAAAAUGGAAAUAAAAAAACACAUGUGUAUACGUCGAUAGAACAGGCACGUGAACAUCGUGACAUUUUAAUAAGCAAAAAAACAAAGAAUUAAAUGAAAAAAACGCUCGUGCAAUGCAAUGAGAUUGGUUAAAAAAAUAGAAACAUUAUUAAGCUUACGAUAAAACACAGUGUCUCGAAUGUAAAAUUGUGUAUAUCGUAUGUAAUAAAUGACGAAUGGACAACAACACUAAACAAAUUAUUGCUCGCUACAUGAACAGGAGGUCCGACGCCGUACAACAUAGGAGACGUAUGUUACACAAGUUUGCACUUAUAUUUAAACGAAACUUAAAGUAGCCGAUGUACUAAAGCAGAAAGAUCGAGAAAUAAGUGCAUAUCGUGUGUUCACGCCAAUGGUAUUGUAAGGAACCGAGCAUACUCAUCCACAAGACAGAUCGAACGGAUAAUUAGCAGGAUUCAUGGUAAUCGAACAACAGAACAAGUGCAACUUUGGUAAUAAACGUGUCGGAUAGCGAUACAAAUAUUUCGGAGGAGGGAAGGCAAACACGUGAAACGAAGACCCGCAAUGACAUACUGAAACAGAUGUCUAAAAAAUGUGAUAUUGUAAAAUUCACAACUGGAUAUAAUCAAAAUGGAACAGAAACAUCUAUGCGAUUCUAAUAAUUGUUUUUAUGUAAAUGUACCUUGUACUACCGUAUACAGUUCUUCGAUUCUACUAUCCGCAUUGUGAAUAGUGAUGGCUCUAAGUCGCCCGAGGGGGAAAGUGCAUAAUAAUAAGACAGAUUAAACAAAACAAAACAAAAAUUAAAUGUGUAAAGUAAAUUUAAAAAGAAAUUUACACGAUACAUAUGUGGUGUUAUACCAGUGAGAAAUAAAAGAAAAACAAACAAAAGUUUAUCGUAAAAAAGAAUGAAAAUGAUGUAAACGAUAUACUGUCUAAGGAACAGUUUUUAAAAAAAAAAGUAAUCUCCAAUUUUUAAAGUAAUCCAAUUUUUUUAAUAUUACGUUAGCGAUAAAGUCUAAUCAUAUUAUUAUAAUUGUGUAUCUUCAGGGGCGGUUUCGCUCUUGUUAUGAAAGGAAAAAAAAGCGCCUAUUAGCGAUAAUUUUAGACGCAGCCCGCAUCCACUUACGCAAACGAUGAGUAUAAAAAUAAGUAGACGAAAGUAUCGAAAUCGCAUUAUACGGUAAAAUUUUGUUUGCGUGACAAAAUUUUACGAUCAAAAAAAAUCUCUCUCUCGCAUUCGUUAGUUGUAUGUGUAGGUACGUUUUGUAUGUCAUUUGGUAGAAUGGGUAAUGGUGUACAAGAAUUGCCUUUGAACAUACCAACUCUUAAGGUCCGUAGUAUUAUACACCGCAGUGUCAUAUUAUACAUAGUAUAACUAUAUAUAAUGUUUAACACGUUAUAUGCACACUGAAAAUAAUAAGGACGUACGUCAAAGGCAUUUCUUGUGCACGCACAUUGGAACGCAAAACGUGUUUACGUUCUCGAGUGAUACUCUUUUACGUCCUGUUGUUUCUUUUUUUUUUUGUUUGAAAAAACGAUUCGCUCAUGAAAAGAAUCACUCUUUUUCGUUUCUUUUUUUUUUUUUCUUUUUUUUUUGAAACUUGGAGUAGAGAAACUACAGAAAAAAUUUCCUUGUAAAGUAACGAGAAAAAAAAGAAGGAAAGAAAACGAAAAAUAAAAAAGAAGAACGAUAGCUUUAACAGUUAUCGAGCGAAAAAAUUAACAGCAACUUUUCCGCGCGCUCUCUACGUUGUGUAACUGUAAUUAGCAAAAUUUAUUUGUCGAUCGUUUUGUCUUUUUUUUUUUAUACUGUUUCGAAUAUUAUUUACGAACUGUUAAAUAUGUUUAUUGUAUUAACGGAAAAUGAAAUUAUAAGAUGAACGAUUUUGCGAUCUUUUUAUGCCCUUUUUUGUUUCGUUCUAUCAAGCACACUUUGAUGCUGUAACUCGCCAGUAUUUCGAAUCUUAACGGAGGAACCGAACGUUUUUCUGUGAUUUCUAUCCUCUCACAGUUUCAAAGCUUGUUGAAUAAUUCUUAUGGCUAACAUUGUCUCGCGCAGCAGCCGUACCAGACUUAAUCGACAAUUAUACGAGUAUCGUAACAUUCUCCAGUGACUUAUAUUAGAUUUAUUUGUAAAACAUUAAAGUAAAAAGAAAAAAGAGAUGAAAGAGAAAAGUCGCUCUCGGCUGCGGCACGAUUCAAAUGUUUCAUGUUUCUGGUUGUUGAAUGUAUUAUAUGUAAGAUUUAAUCAACAAUAGAGACCUGUUGUGGCGUCCAUUUUAAUUCGCGAAUUUCCGUUCGAAAUCGGUUAAUGCACUCUCUGGACAGAGUUCGAUUCCACGAAAAUUGAAUAAUACGAAGCGUCGUGAGGCUUUGAUCAGAAGAUUAGAAUUUAAAAAGAAAAAGGAGAUUUUACGUUGAGAGCUCUUUUUGUAAUUUUCGUUUACGGAGGUAUAUAUAACAGUGAUCAUUGAAUGAUAUCGGAAUGACAUUGGAUCUUCGCGAUUGCACAUCGUAUACAUAUGCUGAAGUUGUUUCUCGCAUACUGCGGACAGAAUACAAUGUAUGUUUCCCUUUA